UGGUUUGAGAGUUUAAGAUGUUUAGAAAAUGAGAGGGCGGUUUGAUUUUUUUUAUUUAUUUUCUAUUAAAUUGUUUAUUUGCUUCUAUACAUUGGCCAAUUUCUCUGAAUUUGGACGUUACUUUAUUUGGAAAAUAUUGUGAAAAUUAUAGAUUGAGUGUUGAAUGUGCUAAAUGUUCUAGUUUUGACUUUAAUGGCCUGUUAUUAGAUCAUUUUCCAAGGAUAAGAUUUCAUUUCUUGAUAAAUCCUUUUGUUUCAAAAGUGCAUGAACAUCUCUUUUAAGAUUUGAGACUUGGAGAUGGAUUUUACUGAGUCUACAAAGGCUGUCUACAAUAGAAUACAGAAACUAGAGCCUGAAAAUGUCUCUAAGAUUAUUGGGUACCUCCUUUUACAAGGCUAUGGUGAACGCGACAUGAUUCGUUUUGCCUUUAGCCCUGAUCAUUUGAUCCACUCUUUGAUCACUGAAGCCAAAUCAAAACUUGGCUUACGUAAAUCUGCAGUUUCACCUCCAAUCUCACCUUCUCAAGUGAGUCCAGCAUCUGCUGCUGAUCUCCCUCUACAAUUCACACCUUUCUCACCUACCUCAAGACAACCAAUUUCCUCUCCUGUAGCUAUGAGAGCUGGCAAUAAUUUCUGGGAACAACUAGUCACUGCUGAUCAACAACAACAGGUCAAGAAUAUGGAUUUUGUUCCACAAGCAUACUCUGAUUCGGUUGCUGAAGAUUUUCUCCUUCAAAACCAAAUGCAGUUCUUGACAAUGGAAGAUCAGCUAGAAUCAGUUAACUCGAUCAACUCAGAUUUCUCAAGCAACUACUUCUACCCAGAACUUCCUUUAGGUGCAAGAACCAGUCGGAGGUCUCCAAGCUUGCCUGAGUUUCCUGUUAAAGUUUGCCAUUACUUCAAUAAGGGAUUUUGUAAGCACGGUAACAACUGUAGGUACUUCCAUGGCCAUCCAAUGCCAGAGAGCUUUUCUCAGAUUUUCAGCCCAAGUUCAAACGUGAAUCAUAAGGAAGACCAUGUCUUCUCACUGGGGUCUCUUGAAAAGCUAGAAUUGGAACUCACUGAACUUCUGAAGUUACGGAGAGGUUUUCCAGUAUCGAUUGCCUCUUUACCAAUGAUGUAUUACGAGAAGUAUGGUAAGACUCUUCAGGUUGAAGGGUACCUUACAGAGAGCCAGAGACAUGGUAAGGCUGGUUAUAGUCUAACAAAGCUUCUUGCUCGUUUAAAGAACAGCAUUCGUGUCAUUGACAGGCCUCAUGGGCAGCACUCAGUUAUUUUGGCCGAGGAUGUACCAAAGUUCCUAGAGUAUGCUGGCGAAAGAAGUGAUCCUGGUGGAAUUGUAUGUGGUUCUCGACGGAUAUAUCUUACAUUUCCAGCUGAAAGUACUUUUACAGAAUUGGAUGUUUCCAACUACUUCAGCAAAUUCGGGCCUGUUCAAGAUGUUAGGAUUCCAUGCCAACAAAAGAGGAUGUUUGGGUUUGUCACCUUUGUUUUUGCAGAGACGGUUAAGCAAAUUUUGGCCAAGGGGAAUCCCCAUUUUGUAUGUGGAGCUCGCGUUUUGGUGAAACCUUACCGGGAAAAGUCAAGGCUUGUUGAAAGGAAGUAUGUAGAUAAACUGCAGCACCCUAUGUUCUACGGCCAGCAGCUUAUGGAUGGUGAUUCUGAGGUGGUUCACUCAAUGCCAAGAGUUACUGAUAAUUCAGGAUUAUGCGGGACACAGCAGUUGGAGGAACAUGAACAAGCAUUUGAAUAUGAGAGAAGGCGCCUUCCUGAGAUGCAUUUAGGACCUAAAUCCUUGACUCAUCACUCCUACUUUGGGUACUUGAUGGAUGAGUUGAAGUUGUCAGAAGCCCGGGCAGAAGAAGCAGAAUAUCUUUCGGCAGAGCAAUUCAAUUAUUUGUUGGAUGUACUCAAUAAUGGUUCCACUAGUGAGGAUAAUGUCAGGCAUAUGAGUACCGAUUAUAAUGAUCAGGGGAGCAACCAAGGACUCAAUCUUCCUGAGAGCCCAUUUGCAUCUCCAAUAGGAAGCAGUAUUUCAACAGUUAUAUAGAGAUUCAGACACAGAAGAACUAUAGGGGUAGAACACCAGAGUUGGAAGAUUAUUUUCGUGGGAUUUUAAUACAUGAGAAGUUUAUUUUUCUUGCCAUAUUUAAUAUACCUCAACGUGGUCGGUCAGUCAGCUGCACAGUGAAUACCAAAAAGAAAGACAAUAGUAGAAGAAGUCAUUCUCCAUGUUUACUUGGUGGAGAAGAUAGCAAAGGGAGAUGAUACAGAAAGCCCCCUACCUUAAUUAAUGUAAUCACAGAAAGUAAUUAGUCAGAGCUUAUUUGGUCUUUAGAAGAAAAUGAAAUAUUUAGUCUUUCUCUAGUAGAAGAAAGGAAAUAUAAAAUAUUUAUGUGGGGUGCAGAGAUAAAGAAGAAAGUUGUAGAGAUUGCAACACUGAGAUACAAAUUAAUGCUAAUAGCAUAAUUCAUACAAA